AUCUCAAUCACCGGCGCCAGAGGGUUCGGGCAUAAACCCUGGAAGCUGCAGAAUGAUGAUGAGUUCGGCUCCUUCUUCCUCCAUGAAUCGCCAUGCCCGUUCCCUCAUCUCCUUCCUGUCGACGGGGUCCAGGCUUCAACCUCCGGCGGCCUCUUCCUUCAGAACCUACGCUGAUUCCGCCGCCAGAUCUGAUUCCCCAGGGUACUCGGGAAUUCGCAAAAUAGCUGAGUUUUUGUUUCAGCCUACGAAUUCAAGGACCUAUUUAUGUGCCCCAUAUGCAUUGGGUUCUAGUAGGUUGGUCCAUUCUUCAGCUCCGAAGGAUUUUGAAUUUGAGCAAGGCAGGGAUUCCAAGCCCAUGAACUUUAUUAGGGAAGUGAUCGGGGAAGAUGAAAGAGGAGGAAUGAAUAUGUUCUCGGAAGAUCGAAGAGGAGGGACAAGAAACACUUUCCAGUUCCAGUUUCCUCGUUACAAUGUUGAGCAGGAUGUUGAUUUCGUGCACAUAAAGCUAAUGCGGAACAAUACAUUCGUCACCGUGACCGAUUCUAAGGGGAACAAGAAGAUCGGUGCUUCCUCAGGGUGUUUGUCAGAAAUGAAAGGAGGACCAAAGGCAUCUCGAUAUGCUGCUGAAGCGACUGCUGAACACGUGGGACGAAUGUCAAGAAACUUGGGCUUGAAAUCAGUCGUGAUGAGGGUCAAAGGGUUCACUUACUUCAAGAAGAAGAGGCAGGCGAUCAUGAGCUGGAGAGAGGGCUUUACUAACAAUAAGGUGGAGCGUAAUCAGAACAGCCCGAUUGUGUACAUUGAAGAUGCCACUCGCCGUCCCCAUAAUGGGUGUCGACUUCCCAAAAAGCGUCGGGUGUGAGGCACAGUAAGCUCAUAGUAAUGGAUCUCCCCCCCGCACAAGUUGUGUUGGAUGAAACUGACUGCUCGUGCAUACUUGAAAAUAAUCUGAUGUGGAGCGGUCUCCUGUUGUUUUCCUCUUCAAAGCAAAUCCUCAGGUUGAUGCUAAUGGGAACUAAUGAAAGGGCUAGCGAUGUAGCUGAAUUUCGCUUUUCUUUCUUGUUAUUGUAGUGGAUUUAGGGCAGUCUUAGCUUUCUUUUAGGCUCUGGGUUCGAGUGGCAUUUCACCCCUAACCACAAAUUCAUCCGCUGAUUCUUCAACAUCAGUCAGUCCUGUGAAAUUAAUGUCUUCUCCUACUUAUUGCUUGUUCUCAUUUUCUGGCAGUUCCCGGUUCCAGUUACUGUUCUUUAAUGUCGAGUUGGGCUACUCCUGUUCUGCGAGUUACCUGCUUGAAUAUAUGUUUGUGCAUCAUAUAUAGAUGUUGCAGUUAAAAACUAUAGAAUAGCAAAUAAAGCUUUCGUAUUUUGAAACA